CGCCCCCCAAAACAUCAAGCGGCGAUAGAAAGCAACCUUUUCAAAUAACAGAAACUGCGAUCCGGAAGCCUUCAUUUAGGAUGCCUCCAUCUCCAGCACCACAGAAUGAUGGGGAGAUUAUGCAGCAUGGUCUCCAUCAUGUGCUUCAACACAAUUCGAAUACUUCAUAUCCCCAGCAACAGUACGAUGAAGGAGUCCACCUGCACUCGAAUUAUGGUUCCCCAGCGCCCACACAAGACAGCCCCUACGGCUACCGUGGCGAGCAGGCUAGGUAUCCAUACCAGCAUCAGCAUCAAGAUUCAGGCUUAGGAAACCAAUUUGUAAGAAAUACUGUGAUAUGGUGCAGCAGACUUCAACUGACAUAUGCUAGGAGUACCCUCAGGACUUUCAACAAACGAUGUAUCAAGACCAAUACAGCACACCCGCGACAUCACCUCCGACACCAUCGAACGAGAUGCUGAAGACAAGAAGUGGGUUGGCUGUUCAGAGGGCCCACCAGAACUUAAGGCCAAUGCCUGAAGGCGGAAGAUCUCGCGUUGAGAAAUCGCCCAAGCCAAAGAAAAUCAAGAAGGAAAAGAUCAAAGCCGAGAAGAAGGUUGCAAAACUUGAUAAGCCUUUGAGCGAAUUGACGAAGGACUUCAAGCACGUUGAAGUUCAGGAUAUCGAAGCAUACGUCAACAGAUCCACUGAAGAGCGACGGAAAGAAGUCGACGAAGGCAAGGUACCCGGCAAAGUCAAGCGCCCGAUGAACUCUUUCAUGCUUUACCGCAAAGCAUAUCAGAACCGGGCCAAGGAGUGGUGUCUCCAGAACAACCAUCAGGUGGUUUCUCAAGUUUGCGGCGACAGCUGGCCACAGGAGCCAGACGAGAUCAAGGAUCAAUACAGCGAAUGGGCUCGCGUCGAGCGUCUCAAUCACCAGAAUGCGCAUCCCGGUUACAAGUUCUCUCCAACCAAGCCUGGCACUGCCAAACCGAAAAGAAAGCAAUCUGAAGACCUGUCUGACGAGUCUGACUUGAGCGAUUUCGAAUGGCAAGGUGGAUCGACCAGAAGAUCAAAAAAGUCUCGCCAGUCUCCCAGGGUGGAUCAGCCUGUCGCAUAUCCAACCACGAAGUCUGCCUACCAGUACGAAACGCGAGAGAACUCGAUGGAGCCAAACCACGAUGGCUACAAUAUAUCGUCAUACCAAGUCACGAACCCCGGACGACCUUUACCAUUGCCGUACAGCCAGACAGACUUACGAACAGGCGAGUACUAUCAACAAACAAUCCAGAGCAACCCCUCCUUGCUGGGAGUACAAGAUGUCAUCUUGAGGAAGGCGGUAGCACCUGGCAUGCACGCAUACCUCGGACUUCCUGGAGGUCAGGAGUACGACAUGAUGGGGACAUUCACUCACCACCAAUAUGAAGUGCCACCACACGGCGAGCAAAGGAUCGAUCCUUCGUUGUUGGCUCAGGACCAGGCAAUUUUCGACGGGCAGUACGUCGAUUCCACUCAGCAAAUUAUGUACAUCGGCGGAAGCCAAAACGGGGAUCAUCAAUGGCAGCCUUCAUAUGAGCAUGACCCUACGAUGCCAUUUCUCGAUCCUCUGUUGACUCAAGACGGGUCGCGGAUUCAAGAUCCUCAUAUGGACGUCUUAAAAGGGAGCCAAGACGGAUGGCAGGUUGAAACUCUGGAUGCUGGUGGAGAAUUCGACAAGUGGAUGGACGGGGAGUAGGAAGGAUUGUCUUCCGAAUCCAAUGAAGUGUAGCCGCAUGGAAGCGGGAUCUCUGGCGUUUAGGACUGAGGCAAGAAGUUGACUACGAACAUUUUUGGCAGCGAUCAAUGGCGUUGGAGGUUGACCAUUCUGUUUUGGGGGAUUGCAUUUGAGUCUCUGCCUGUGUAAU